AUGACCAUGACUCCAGCUGAUGCUUUCAUUGAAGCCUUGAGAAUGCCAGACGCUGUUCAGAAGGAUGGGAGCAGUGACAUCUCUGGCCAGCUGUGGGCUGAAGCUCACAUUGCCAGCCCCAGGGCCACUCUUCAAGGAGUACACACCCAGAGUGCUUUGCUCACACUACCACUGUCCUCUCCAAUCGUGCCACAGGGGUCAGAAAUGCAGGUCCUGUGGCAAGAACAGACAGCUAAGCCAUAUGAGACAGAAAGGAAUGAGCUGAGUGGCCCAAAUUUAGGAGGACCACUAUCACAAGAGAGUCUAAUUGGGGCAGCCAAUGUGAAGCAAGCUGAGAAUUCAAGAGAGUUCCUGAACCUAGCAAAAAGGACUGAAUAUGCAGCACAGAAUCUCAGGAAGAAACAUGGGGAUGGGUCUGAGGAAGUCAGAAAAGGCUUCAUGGAAAAGAUGAUACCUGAGCUGGGUCCUUACAUAGACGCUGACAGUUUCCUCGAAGCUAUCGUGCCUGCCAAAGUGAAAGAAAUGGUUUGUAAUUUUCUGAAAGCUGCCCAGCAUCACAGGAGAGACAAAGAGCCUCUAUCCAGAGGCAGUAUCUUCUGUGGUGCUGACAAAGAUGAAGGAAAUUGCAGAAGCUUAUCUUGGGCAAACUGUUACAAUGCUCUUCAAGAUACCAAACUGGACAAGUCACAAAUCCAUGACAUUGUCCUGGUGGGUAGUUCUACCUGUAUCCCUAAGAUCCAGAAGCUUCUACAAGAUUUCUUCAGUGGAAAAGAAUUGAAUAAGAGCAUCAACCCUGAUAAGGCUGUUGCUUGUGGUGCAGCUGUUCAGGCGGCCAUUCUCUCCGGAGGCAAAUAUGAAAAUGUUCAAGAUUUGCUGCUCUUGGAUGUCACUCCUCUUUCCCUUGGUAUUGAAACUGCUGGUGGAGUCAUGACAGCCCUCAUCAAACGCAAUACUACCAUUCCUACCCAGCAGACACAGACCUAUACUACCUACUCUGACGACCAGCCUGGUGUGCUUAUUCAGGUAUAUGAAGGUGAGUGUGCCAUAACUGAGGAUAACAACGUGCUUGGCAAGUUUGAAAUCAUAGGCAUACAUCCUGCACCGAGUGGUGUUCCUCAGAUUGAGGUCACCUUUGAUAUUGAUGCCAAUGGCAUCCUCAAUGUCCCUGCUGUUGACAAGAGUACAGGGAAAGAGAACAAGAUGACCAUCACUAAUGACAAAGGCCAUUUGAGCAAGGAGGACAUAGAGUGUAUGGUCCAGGAAGCAGAGAAGUACAAAGCUGAAGAUGAGAAGCAGAGGGAUGAGGUGUCCUCUAAGAACUCACUGGAGUCCUAUACUCUCCGUAUGAAAGCAACUGUUGAAGAUGAGAAACUUCAGGGCAAGAUCAAUGAUCAAGAUAAACAGAAAAUUCUUGAUAAGUGUUAUGAAAUCAUCAACCGGCUGGAUAAGAAUCAGACCGCAGAAAAGGAAGAAUUGGAACAUCAACAGAAGGAGCUGCAGAAAGUCUGCAAUCCCAUCACUACCAAGCUGUACCAGAGUGCAGGUGGCGUGCCUGGAGGAAGGCCUGGGGGCUUCCCUUGUGGAGGAGCUCCUCUUUCUGGGGGUGCUUCCUCAGGGCCCACCAUUGAAGAGGUUGAUUAAG